AUUUCCUGCGCAUUCUAAAACACAAUCCCCCACAGAAAUAAACUCAAGGCCGCGCACUGCCGCUGCUUCCGCCAGAAAGAAGAGCCGCUCUGCUCUUCAUUCUCUAUGUCUCUGCGCUGAGUUCCCGCUCAAAUGGGCCUCAGUGACCUUUUGAUGAAGAAACAAACUGUAUCAACAUCCGGGGUAUGUGCCUGUUGCUUAGAAAGACAGAACGAGAAGCUGUUAUGCGAAUGAGAAACUGUGUCCACAGGGAGCAGCAGAAGUGGAAAUGUGCACAAAUGGACUUUAAAGAGACUUUUCCUUGACGUGAUCGACGGUGAUAUUCACGAAUAAGUCUCUUGGAAUGGAUUUCACAGAAGCCUAUUCUGACAGAUGUUCAGCUGUUGGGCUUGCAGCUAGAGAAGGGAAUGUCAAACAUUUGAAGAAGCUAAUCAAACAAGGAUUCAGCGUUGAUGUUCCAGAUAACAGGGGUUGGAUGGCAAUUCAUGAAGCAGCCUUUUAUAACAGGACUGACUGUCUGAAGUUCUUACUUCAUGCUGCACCCUCAGAUGACUACAUCAGAGCAAAGACAUUUGAAGGCACUUGCCCAUUGCACCUUGCUGCAAGUCAGGGAAGCUUGGAAUGUGUUACUAUUCUUAUGAAAUCUGGAGCUAAUCCAAAUGAAGUUGCUAACGAUGCAACCACACCGUUGUUUCUAGCUGUUGAAAAUGGACACAUUGAUGUGAUAAGGCUUCUACUUCAACAUGAAGCAAAUGUUAAUGGGCCGCACUGUUGGUCUGAAUGGAACUCUUUGCACCAGGCUUGUUUUCAGAAUUAUCCUGCAAUACUAAAAUUACUCCUUGAGAAAGGAGCUGACACAGAAUCAGAAGAUGACUUUGGGAUCACACCUUUAUUCAUUGCUGCACAAUAUGGGAAUCUGGAAUGCUUAAGAAUACUUAUAUCUCAUGGAGCAAAUGUUGACUGUCGAGCCAAAGAUCGGGCCACACCAUUAUUUAUAGCUGCACAAGAGGGCCAUGGCACAUGUGUGGAAUUGUUGCUAUCAAAGGGAGCAGAUCCGAACUCCUAUUGUAAUGAAGAUGAAUGGCAGUUACCUAUCCAUGCUGCAGCACAAAUGGGGCACCGCAGUAUUCUGCGCUUCCUCAUACCAGUUACGGAUCGGCUUUGUGGCACUGCUGAAGGCAAACUGAGCCCCAUCUACUCAGCUAUAUAUGGUGGACAUGAAGAUUGCUUGGAAUUCUUGCUUGAGGAAGGUUACAGCCCAGAUGCCCAAGCAUGUCCAGUCUUUGGCUGCAGAUCACCCAUGUCUCUGGCUUUUACGAAGGGGUUGAGAUUUAUCCUGAUGCUUCUGAAAUAUGGGAUCACUCUUCAUGAAACUGAUCUAGGCCUUUGUCUGUUCCAUGAAAAGUUCUCUUUAUUUCAGUAUUUCUUGAAGAAGGGCUGCAAACUUCCUUGUGACCAAUAUAUGGAAGAAUUUCAUGUUGUUAAUGUACAAGGCCAGUACAAAGAGUGGCUGCCAUCUCUCCUGCUUGCUGGAUUUAAUCCUCUUAGUCUACUCUGCAAGUCAUGGAUUUGCUCUGCAAACAAUGAUGCCCUGAAUUUUCUGUUAGAAUUCACUGAUUGGAAGAGACUUCCUUGGGAUUUGGAGCAGAUCCUUUCUGAGCACAAAAGAACUUCUGAUUGGAUACCCUGUAGACACUUUGAGUUUAUUCCUCCCUUGUCUCACCUUUGCCGCCUGGAGAUCCGAUCACUUUUAACAAACGAUCGUUUACGAUCAGACCACUUUAUCCGCCAGCUGCCAUUGCCCGCUGUUCUGCAGAACUACUUACUGUUCUUGGACAUUUUAACAACGUAUAAUGUUGCGCGAUCCUCACUGACCCUGGGAGAAGUGCAUGAAGGAGAUGCUCUGCCACCUUGAAGCAUUUCAGGAACUACAGAGAGAAGAAGAACAUAGAAUUGAUGGAGAGGUGGAUCAGCAAAGUACCAAAGACUUUUGCUUGUUAUCAGGACCAACAAUGCGUGGAAGUGGCUUCCAUGGUUAGGGUUUAGGGUUGCACUGUAACAUACUUCAAAUGAUUACAACCUUUAAAAUGUAAUUUUUCUUCACAGCAGGUCAGUAUUCCAGAAAAUGAAAAUAGGAAUAAAUACUAUCAAUGCUAAUUCCAAAAUAAAUACCAGCUUUUUUUUUUUACAACUUUGUCAACUUUGCCUUUCUUCACAAUAAAAAAUAUAACUGA